GCGUGAACACGUGAACACGAAACAAAUUUGUUGAGUUCAAAAAUUAAUAAACGUCAAAAGAAAUUAAUUUUCUUUGAUUUUUUAGAGCCAAGUUUUGUAGUCUCCCCUUGCUGGUUUUAACUGGGGAUAUUUCUAGAUUAAUUGUUUGCAGUGGAUUUCUGUGCAGUUCAUCGGCAUUUCUAACCACGCCAUUUUGCACAAAUAACACGUUUUUUGGAUUUUCUCUAAAAAGUUAUUAAAAAUGUCUGGAGAAGAAACAUCUGCUGAUCGAAAUGUUGAAAUAUGGAAGAUUAAGAAGCUCAUUAAAAGUUUGGAAUUAGCAAGGGGAAAUGGAACAAGUAUGAUUUCUCUAAUUAUACCACCAAAAGAUCAAAUAUCUAGAGUUAGUAAAAUGUUGGCGGACGAAUUUGGUACAGCUUCAAAUAUUAAGUCUCGAGUAAACAGAUUGUCAGUCUUGGGUGCUAUUACAUCUGUUCAACAUCGUCUGAAACUAUAUACAAAAGUUCCCCCAAAUGGUUUAGUAAUUUAUUGUGGUACCAUAGUCACCGAUGAAGGAAAGGAAAAAAAAGUAAACAUUGAUUUUGAACCUUUUAAACCGAUUAAUACGUCACUUUAUUUGUGCGACAAUAAAUUUCAUACUGAAGCUCUUACAGCCUUAUUAGCUGAUGAUAAUAAGUUUGGUUUUAUCGUAAUGGAUGGUAAUGGAGCCCUUUUUGGUACACUUCAAGGAAAUACAAGGGAAGUGCUCCACAAGUUUACUGUAGAUCUUCCAAAGAAACACGGUAGAGGUGGACAAUCAGCUUUGCGUUUCGCGCGAUUGAGAAUGGAAAAAAGACACAAUUAUGUGCGGAAAGUAGCCGAGGUGGCUACCCAACUAUUUAUUACAAACGAUAAACCUAACAUUGCAGGUUUAAUUCUUGCUGGUAGUGCAGACUUUAAGACUGAACUUAGUCAAUCGGAUAUGUUUGAUCCUAGAUUGCAAGCUAAAGUUAUUAAGCUAGUAGAUGUUUCAUAUGGAGGCGAAAAUGGUUUCAAUCAAGCUAUAGAAUUAGCAGCUGAAUCUUUACAAAAUGUUAAAUUUAUUCAAGAGAAGAAACUUAUUGGAAGAUACUUUGAUGAAAUUAGUCAAGAUACUGGUAAAUAUUGUUUUGGUGUUGAGGACACAUUAAAAGGUCUAGAGUUAGGAGCUGUGGAAACGCUGAUAUGUUGGGAAAAUCUUGAUAUUCAGAGAUAUGUUCUUAAAAAUCAUACCACAGGCACGGAAACAGUUUUACAUUUAACACCUGAACAAGAAAAGGAUAAAAGUCAUUUUACAGAUAAAGAGAGCGGGGUAGAACUAGAAUUAGUAGAAUGUCAGCCGCUUUUGGAAUGGCUAGCGAACAACUAUAAAAACUUUGGUGCUACCUUAGAAAUUAUUACCGAUAAAUCUCAAGAGGGUUCGCAGUUCGUUCGAGGGUUUGGUGGAAUUGGAGGUUUGCUGAGAUACAAAGUGGAUUUCCAGAGCCUACAACUAGAUGAUGAUUUCAUUUCGGAAGAAUUCGACUUAGAUGAAUAUUAAAUACCUCUUAAUGAACUGAUAUAUAAGUAAAUUAAAUAGCAGUUGGUAGGAGUGGUGCCUAUAAACAGUGCGCGUUUAUCUCAUUAAAAUCGGCGCGUGCGGACCUCGACAACGCAAGUCGGUGUAAUAUAUUCGACUUUUUUUUGUUAAGGAUGUUUUACAAAUAAAUCAACUUUUCUAGUUCAUCAGUCACAUAUUUAUUUUUCGAUGUUCUGGUCCGAGAGCUGAAUUGGUUUGAUCGCAACCCUGAAAGGUACUUUACACUACCUUAUUUUUUGAGUAUAACAACUGCUUCACAGUAGCGUUUGAAUAGCUAGACUCUCCCUCUAUGUUUUGUUUACAAAUUGACAAAAAUUUGUCUGAUACCUGUAUGUAUAUAAAUGAAAAUGUGUAAAUAAAUUCAGGUAGGCCAAUUAUUCACAAGCAAAUUUAUCUAAAUUUAUUUUUUGAAAGUAUGCAAAUUUUUUACUUUUUUCUAAUUGAAGUAAUAAUUUUUGACUAACUAGGUGUCAUGUAACAAUUUGUCAUCGAUUGUCGUUUUAGAGGCUACUGUGACACUUUUUAAAAACAUCCUAUGGGUCUGGUCCACUUUAGAUACAUCAAAAUUUUAAAAUUUUCUAUACAGAAUUGAGAAGAGGAACACUUAUAAUGACAUUUUCUAA